GUCUUAAGAAGACAAGAUGUCUGCCACUCGGUUUGAGUACGUUCCUGUUGUGGAAGUUUCUUCUGACAACUUUUCAGAAGUGUGGCCUUUCAUGCUUCGCGCGAUAAAGAAAUCUUCCUUCGUGGCUGUGGACACGGUACGUAUAAAGGGGAAUGACUUUACGCGAUUUGCGAGGACAUAGUUUUAUUACAGCUAAGUUUCCACUCUAUAAAAAUUUGAGAUUGCUUCGAAUCUCUCCAUUUAAGACAAAGUUUUCUUUUUUUAUGAGGAAAAUUUUAAAAAAAUCAUAGGAUAAGAACUCUUUUUUCUGUAGUUUAAACAGGCAGUUUGAAUUUACGAGAACAAAAUCUUAUUCUAUGAUUUGUUUUAAAUUUUUUUCUUGAAAUAAGAAAUCCCGAAUUUUGGGAAAGUUCAUUUAAUAUGACAAGGGGGGGGGGGGAUGAAGAUAUUGAGGGGGGGCUCCGAAAAUUUUUAGACAUCCGAAGGGGAGGCUCUGAAAAAAUUGUUGCGCUAGGAAGGGGGGCUCCGAAAAUGUGUACACUUCAAAACCAACACAUGACAUCAUCAUACAGAUCGGAUGGUUUUCAACUCAACAAUUUAAUGACCUGUGCAACUCAGCUAUAUCACGUGGUUUACAGAUAUAACAAAUGUAGUCUCAGUAAUUAUUACACUCUUGUUCAUCCUAAAAAUGCUUUAGAAAAUUGUAUCACAACUGUAUCUCAAGUUUGUUAGAGUAUAAACCAUUGAAGACAAUAACGGUAAAUAUAUUUAAUACAGUCUAGGGAUCAUUUUUCAGGGGAGCAAAGGAAUUGAAGGAGGAGGGGGGGGGGCUCUGAAAUUUUUUCGACUACCAAGGAGGGGGCUCCUAAAAAAUUGAACCGCUAGCGAGGGGGGCUGCUAAAAUUUCAAGCUUCGAGUUUCAAUAUCUUCAUCCCCCCCCCUUGUCAUAUUAAAUGAACUUUCCCUUAGAGUGUUCGUUAGGAUCAAGCUUCUUAUAAGUGCAUGCAAAGUUGGACAGAUAAUAUACUGAAGGUCUUAUAUAUCAUAAAUUUAACUUGCUUAUUUUUAAGUUUUCAAGAACGUUUUGUUUCUUCCUUUAGGAAAUGAGUGGUAUUGGAGACAGGAAGCAACUUAUGGCACAGUGAGUACUAAAGAAAAACCGUCCAUUAUCUCCCCCCCCCCUCAAUUAAUAAACUCCCUCCCUCUAAUAAGCUCCCUUUUUCAGUGGAAGAAAGUUAAUACCUCCCCCCACCUCUCUCUAUUUUGGUGGGUAUGAACUUGCAGAUGCAUAUGUUGUGGUUCAAUAUAUUUUAUCCUUGGUUUAAAUUUUAUUUUCUUUUGUUUCAAACUCAUUAUCAUACAUUACCAUACCCAAAAAUAAAGGAAAAUAAAAUUUAAACCAAGGAUAAAAUUGAAACACAACACAUGUAACAGUGGCUAACAGUUAUGAAACUUUCCUGGGGGAAGAUGUCCUCGGACUGCCCUACAAGUUUGUGUCUCCAGCACUCAAUGUUUGCACUCUGCAUCCAGUACCCCCAAAUGCUACCGAACACCCUGGGGGGCGGGGGACUCCUCAUAUGAAAGGGGUGGGGAUGCUUGUUGUCUCGCUUCGGGGUGUAAAUUUCAGAUUUUAGUCUCACUUAGGGUGUUCUGGGCAAAACGCCAUCAUAUUUAGCCGUGAAGGUCUCGUUUAGGGUUGCACGCGAAAAAAUACAAAAAUAUACAUUUGAUAUGUAUAUUUUAAAUUUGUUUUAUUUACUCUAUUCAUAUAAUCCAAGUUUUCUCAUUUGUCUGUGUUUUAACAUGGUCUCUUUUAAGGGGUCAAAAAAAGCUUGGGCCCCUCCCAGAUCGGUCUCCUUUAGGGCUUUAAUUCAAAAUUUGUGACAAGUAUCCCCACCCCUUUCAUAUGUGGAGUCCCCCGGCUGAAAACCCUGUUUGUAUAACAUGCAUUAUGCUCAAUGAAACUCAUAAACUUGUUUUUAAUUUUUUAUUCCACAGAUUUAUUGAGGACAGGUACAAAUACAUGUGUGAAGUUGCCCAAUCCAGAGCAAUACUUUCUCUAGGAAUUUCCUGUUUUAAGUUGAAGAAGUUAAAGCCCCACAAGGAGACAAGACACAAGGAAUCAGAUGAGAUACUUAACGUCAAAGUCAACACUUUUAAUAUUGUUGUUCUUUGUUUGGAAAAUUUUAUCGUGGAACCAGCUUCGUUAAAGUUUUUGGUUGAGCAUGGAUUUGAUUUUAACAAACAGUAUUCCAGAGGAGUGCCCUACAGAAGAGGAGACGAUCAGGUGAGUGUGUAUUUUCCUUAGAAGGUUGGAAAGAAAUUUAAAAGUGCAACAAUAACACACCUUACUUGCAUAUCCUGAUUCCCUAUUAUGCCCUCUUAGUAUGUGUGUGUGUGUGUUGGGGGGAAGAUGCAUCUAGUCUGAAUUUAGAAACAUGUUUGUAUUCUGUCGGUCAGUAUUUUACUGUUCUAUUAUUUUUCACUUGUUUUCAUUGCUUCAAUUUUAUAUUUGUUUCAUUUGUCGCUGUUUUAUUUUAUUCUUUUGUUUUGUCACUGUUUUAACCCAUUGACGCCCAGGACUUUUUAUGUUUUCGAGUGAUUGUCUACAUACACACAAUCCAAACGAUUUCGUGACUCCGAAUUUGGGGCUACCAUGGAAAGUGGUACUGUCCUAAAACAUUGAAGGCUUGAGUUUUCUGACCACGUCAUUAUGACGUAGUCAUUUUGCCUUGUUGAGCUAAAAUAAUGGCUCAAGUAUAUGGUUUGUAUGCGAUUUUUGGUAAGGGUACAGUCAAUUUCAUCUUUGGUGGCUGCCUGAUAAACAUCAUUAAGCAUGACGGCAGUGAAGAGUCCACUUUCUCAAAGAAGCAAGUAAGGUGAUGUACUAUGUUUGCAAAUUUGGCUUGUUCCUCGUGGAACUGGAAAAAUGGCCCCUCUGAAUUGAAGUUGCUAUGGGACUCAACUAGUGAUGAAUUUCUUGACCUGCUACAGCAUUGGAACUUAUGACCACUGGACAUCGCAACAAUUGCGAAAUUUCUGUGGUAGGUCGGAGUAGCUGUGGACUUAGUAUAAACAUGAAAAAAGUGGGGGAAGGAACGAACCCUGUAAAAAAUUCUGGCUAUUUCCCAGCAUGCAAUGCAGUCAUAAUGUUGAAAAUGGAGGCAAUUAGGCCAGGAUGCACUAGAACAAAAGGCUGCAGCUCAGCCUUGUAAAUGACUAAGAACCAAAAAAGGCACUUCUAAGCUAAGACAGGGACUGAAUUUUACUGUGAAUGUCGACUUUUGGUUUUGCAACGAUGAUCUCUGUAGAAAACCUGAAGGUAAAAAACAUGAUUUUUGUUGUUUUUCUAUGACGUUGAAAAUGGUCAUUUUUGUUCUUGUCCAAAUUCAAAAGGUGAUAUUUUGCAAAAAAGCUGACUUUUUGGCAUUUAUUUGAUAUCCCAGUUUGAAGGACAUUCUACUCAAUGCUCAGAACUGACAGUUAAGGCAAUGUUCACGUGAUUGAGAAAGCUGCAAAUGUCUUAAAGCAGCCCUGUAGUCUUAUAGCCUUGUAGGGUCAGUUGGCUGUCAGUGGGUUAAAGCAAUCUUUAUUCUAACAGGGCCUCAGUAAUAUUAUUGCUCAUGGCCAAGCCUUUAGUUAAAUAAUAUGGCAUCUUUAAUAUUAUAACAUACCAGUAAAUUAAUUUUCUUUGAUGUAUAACCAACUUUCAUGAUCAUGUGAAAAAUGCGCACACCCUCAGUUUUGUCAGCAAAUGUGUUUUGUAAACCUGUUAGAGUGUCAAACAAAAUUAAUUAGGAUUACUGUGGUUUCAAUUCAAUCACUUCUUCAAAGCAGUCUGCACAUACAUUUUAUUUUUACCUUAUUUUACACAAUCUGCUAUGCAUACAAAUGAAGUAGCCUGGAAAAAUCCUUUUGUGCAUUAUGCACCUGCUAGUACGGCUUGUCAUUAUUUACAUUGUAGAGACUUUGAUGUUUAUAAAUGAAUACAAAGCAUUUUUCUGUUUGUCUUGUUUAGAUUGUCAACAACAUGUCAGAACAUUCUCUGAGAAAUCUUUUUAGUGAACUUGUCAUGGCAAAUAAGCCACUUGUUCUUCACAAUGGAUUCUUAGACCUAGUGUUCCUUUAUGAGAAUUUCUACUGCAAAGUGCCAGACAAACUGCAGGUGUUUACUGCUGAUGUGUCCGACAUGUUUCCAGCUGGAAUAUUUGACACCAAAUAUGUAUCUGAGUACAGUGUCCGAGAAUCAGCUUCAUAUCUGCUUUAUCUCUUUAAAAAGUGGUGGGUAUAUGUAUUUAAAUGUGGCUAAAUGUAAUUUAGGCAAAGUUAACCUCAAAGCAAUGCUGGUCAGCUGUUUCCCCAGCUAUAGUAGAGGUGGCCCAAUGCCUCUAGCAGGGGCACCUCGUGACUUACAUACGCAGUUGCUUGCUUGCAGUUCUUCGCAAAGUGUUGCUGCAAUAGCUUGCUGUUUGCGUGCCAUAUAUUUUGAUUUUAUCUAUAAUGUCUUUGUCUUUUGUGUUUUUGACAUAACUGAGAAUCUUUUGUAGUAGCAUAUAUCUUUUCUUUUUGCUUUGUAGCCAGCGAUGUAAUGAGCGCAGCCAAAAGCAUGAGGAAAAACAUGUGUGCUUGAAAUUUCCUGAAGAAGCCUCACUUUUAUGUUUUACUGAGGAAUUGUUCUGUGGCGCACGUGAUGAAACUGAGGCUGUUCUUAAUGUUGUCACUGUCUGUGAGAAGUUUGCAGUAAGUUUAUCAUAGAAUACUUUUCAAGUGAUUGUUGUCAUCAACCUAUAUUUUGAAAAAAUGAUUUUGACCUAAACAAGAUGCAAGAACAAUGUAUCAAAUGCCCAUCAGAUCUUGACACAGGUGCGGAUCCAGGAUUUUUUUUAGGAGGGGGUGCGCUCGUCUCUUGCUCUACUUCAACACCAAUAAACCACAUAGUUUUUUUUUUGCAGAAUACCAGUUGUAUUAGAAAACCGCAGGUCAUCUCAGGGGGGGGAGGGCACACCCCCUGCACCCUCCCCCUAGAUCCGCCCCUGUGACAAGAAUACUUGUUGCAGGAAAAUACUUUUGUGUAGGCAAGUCACAAUAAUAAUAUUGGCCUUGGUGAAUGUGUUUCUUUAAUUUCGCGACAAAGUGUUAGAGUUUUUGUAGCCAGUCACAAUUUGUGUCAAUAAGCAUAAAACAACUGCCAAAAAGCACUUUCAGGACUUUAUAGCCUUAAAUACAGUCACAAUGUACAUUCUGGACAGUUUCACUUGAAAAGGACUGCUAAUUUGAACUGUUGGACAAAUUUUCUAAGAUGCUGUUUUGCAUUAGUCUGAAAUGCCAGUCGUCUCUUCGCCCCAUCCCCCACCCCCCAAUGGGUGGCCAAUCUCCCUUGUCUGGUAACCCAUUUGGGGGGAGGGGGUGGGGUUACAUGAAGAGAUGGCUGAAAUUUAAAACUACCGGUAGUUUGGAAUAAGCAUCUGUUCAGCUUCCGUCUAGGGCUCAAAGCAGUCAUAUUUUAUGAAUGAAAUAGUACUAAUGUUCAGGCUUUUCAGGAAUUUCAGGCUUCUAUUUCCUACAUGAGCAAUAAACGCUUAUCAACGUAAGCUGUUUAUGUAGAGUAUUGCUGUUUCUGUGAAAGGAUUUAAGGAAGUGCUUCUUUUUGAUUCUCCACAGGCUCAUGGAUUUUGUCCUCGAGAAAAAAGCUGCCCCUUUUCACAUGAUGUUGAUGAUGUUUUGGAUCGAGAAUGGAAAGCAAGAGAAUCAAAGAGACAAAAAAGAAAAAGGAAACAAAAAAGCUCAGGUAAUGGAUGUGUGCGUGCAUGUGUGUGUGCAUAACAGUCCCUUCUCUGUUAACAUGAAACACAAAGUAAAAAAAGAUACGCACAUAAAGAGAUAACUUCAUGUGAGUACGGAUCCAAAAACUAAAAAUAUGGUGACUUUUCCAGCACUAGACCUUCAUCAGUUCGUUUGUCUUAGCCUUUUUAAACCACAAAUGUACUCUAUCAACCUAGUUUUCACGUUGUUCUUUGGUUUUGACAAAUUCCCAGAAUAAUCUUUUCAAAUAAUUAUUGUAGUUUAAUCGGUUGAUGGGCGACUUCUUAUCAAAUCCAAUCAAUAGAAAAUGUUUACAGUCUAACCCCAUGUAAUAGUCUUUUUUAAUACAUGAAUUUAUUUUCACACAGGCAAUAAUGCAAAUGACACACAAACGGCCUGCAAUAACAGUGUGAUGGCAGAGGAUAAAUCUGAGCAUUCACUCACUUGUGAUAGGCAGGAAGGUUGCGUGACGUCAUCGCUAGAUGGCCACGUGAAUCAAUCCAUCAAAAAGACUCGUAACUGCGGACACAGGGCGGGAUUUGAUGCUUUUAUGACAGGCUAUUGUAUGGCGACAUAUCUUCUUCAACUUGGCAAGAAAAAUGACGAAAAUGAACUUAGCCUCUCCUCCCUGGGGGAAAUUGCAAACAAAUUGAGCCUCGCAAAGAAGGACGUCCCUCUGCAGAUUGCGCGGAGUCAUUUUUCCAAGCCUUCACCAUCGCACACAGAAAAACUAAAACGACUUAGAGAAAAUUGCGCUUCACAAAGUCUGGACCAGUAAUUUGGACAGUUUGCACCUCAAGUCAGAAUCGGA